AGAUUUGAUUUUAAGAUAAAGAAUGGGGGUUGCACUGAUAGCUGGUGCUGGGCCAGGGAUUGGAGGGGCCGUAGCAAAACUUUUUGCUUCAAAAGGCUUUCAGGUUUGUGUCGCCAGAAGAAAUGGAGGAAAGUUGGCCCCCCUCGUUCAAGCAAUACAGUCAAAUGGAGGACAAUGUGAAGGAUUCUCUUGUGAUUUCAGAUCAGAGGAUUCUGUUAAACAUCUUGUACAUGAAGUAGAGGAGAGAUAUGGAGGAAUUGAUAUUGGUGUACACAACAUUGGUGCAAAUAUUGGACAUGUACCUAUAUGCAGUACAACGACAAGGAAAUUCACAAAAAUUUGGGAGAUGGCAGCACUUUCUGCUUUUCUGUUUGGAAGAGAGCUGGCCAAUAAGAUGGAGACUAAAGGAGCUGGUUGUAUAAUAUUUACUGGUGCUACAGCUAGUACCAGAGGAGGAGCAGGAUUCUCGGCGUUCAGCUCGGCAAAGAUGGCCAAAAGAGCUCUGGCACAAUCAAUGGCCAGGGAACUUGGACCAAAAGGAAUACAUGUUGCUCACGUGAUUAUUGAUGGAGUAGUUAACAAUCCAAACACUGAGGAAUUCUUCUCAAACCAAAGUGAAGAGUUUAAAUUGCGGUUUUCCAAGAUGGCGUCCUCAGCUGGGCUGCUAGAGCCUGAUGACGUGGCCGAAGCUUUUUGGUGGAUUUACAACCAACCAAAAUCCACGUGGACUCAUGAACUGGAUCUAAGACCGUGGUCAGAAAAAUGGUGAUCAAUAUGUUGUAAAAUAGAAGAAAAUAGAAUAAAUCAGGGCCAUUUUCGUGA